AAAAAAAAAUGACCGACCCUGUCUCCCCGCCAUCUUCCCCUCCCGCGGAUUCUGUCACCCCUAGCACGACCAACGAGAAGAUUCCCUCUCACCCACCCGUCACCCCCGAGAAUAAACGUCUUUCGCAGGUCGGCGGUAUGUCUUUUGCCGAGAGAAGGAUGAGUCGUCGUCCCUCCACGGCACCCACCCCUAUUGUCGAAGGGGACGGUCUUACUCGAGACGUCGUUCACUCUCUGCCUGGCGACACUCGCAACAACAAUAGAAAAUCCAAGACGCAGGCCGACAUGGCUAAACGCCGCAGCUCUUACUAUGAGGAGGCCUUCCAGGGCGACAGAGAGUCCAAUGUUAUCAAGGACCGCGCCUAUGCGGAGGCCAUCGUGAUGGCAGAGCUCCGCACCAACGUCAUUGUAUGUGCUUUUCUGCGUCACGAGCAGAGGGUUCCCGAUUAACACACCUUGCACAGAUCAAUGACGAGUUCAGUUUUAUCACAGACUUCUCAUAUCAGCUGUCGGUUAGAUACCAGCGGCCAGUAACUUCGAUCGUGGUCAACCUGCAACAUGGGGCAUGCAUGCUCUUUGGAGGUACCUUUGAACCGGCCUACACCAUGUCGAUCCAUGCAUUACCGCUCGAGGUCGGCGUAACCAAGAACAAGAGAAACACGGCCUUGCUCCAGAAGCACCUCCACGAAGCUCUUGGCGUUGCACCCGUCCGUGGAUUCGUCAAGUUCGUCGAAGUCCCGGCAGAGAACAUGGCUGUCAACAGCAAGACCACCGCUUCUCACAUUGCGGAGAUGACUGGCGAGGAGGAAGAGACCAUUGCCGAGCGCCGUGGCCGCAACCGCAAGAGCAUCAGCGGCAAGUCCAUGUCAGCUCUGCGCCACGGCUCCAUUGUCGGAGGCAGGAAGGGCUCUGUCUUUGACUUCAGAAGAGAAUCCGUUGCUCCCCGCAAAGACUCGGUCAUGCCUCCUCCCCAUGAGCUUACUCCUCCGCACAGCGCAACCGAUGCGCCCCCUAUCCCUCCCAUCCCCGAGGUACAUGCCAACAAGACCCCGGCCGCGGUCCCCGAUGAGAAGCUUGAUGCGCCUAUCAAGGAAGUCGAGAAGGCGCCUACCAAUUCCUCAGCAUCUCUCAAGAAGUCCAAGGUGGCAAAGCGCAAGAGCAGCUUCGUCACUGCGCUGUUCUCUCGCUCCCCUAGGAACACGCCCGCGCCUAUGCCUACCGUUGCAUCGUAAACGGUGAUCCUUCUAUCUCCCAACUGAAGUCUCUCUUUCUCUUUGUUUUGUAUUGUGCUCUUUAUCGGGUCUGGAGCAGUGGUCAAAUUGGAACUGAUGACGUCAAGGAACAGAGCAUUGCAUCGAUAAAAAGGGAGACGGAGUUCUGCAUUACAGCCCGCUCGGGCAUGCUGGAGUCAUAGUCUUGGAAUUCUAUCAUUUGUAAUCGCACCUGUGUCUAAUAGUAGGAGUUUAAUGGUUGAGAGGCAGACUGAUCUGUAUUCGUCUCAAUCAAUCUCAUACAUGCCAAAACUAGGCAUUCACUAAUUAUAUCAACCUUAUCA